AUGCUUACCAUGCUCACCCCCCGUGUCCCCAGUAGCAUCCCCCGCCCCCUCCACCGCCCCCUCACAACCCUCGGCCUCAGGCGCGAGGACCCAGCGAGGAUAUGGGAGAGGCGCGCUCCCCUCACACCCCACACCGUCCAGCGCCUCUUGGCAGACGGCAAAGAUCAGCUGACCAUCCAUGUCGAGAGCUGCAGAAGGCGCUGCUUUACAGAUGAGCAGUACACCCAAGCGGGGGCCAGUGUAGUAUCAUCUCUGUCGAACAAUGUAGACGUGGUGCUAGGUAUCAAAGAGCCUCCUUUGUCGAGCGUUCAGUCCCUGCUGGACGCGUCAAAGGCAGAAGGCAAGGAACGCACAUGGAUGAUGUUUUCGCAUACUCACAAAGGACAAGAAUACAAUGUCCCGCUGCUGUCAGCGUUUUUGCACCCAACGCAGACCCUUAUUGAUCACGAGCUUCUCACAAGCGAGCAGCCAGGAAAGGACGGCAAAACACAACUCAAAAGAGUGGCUGCUUUCGGCUGGUAUGCUGGAGCUGUUGGCGCGGGCGAGGCGCUUUCUCUUACCGGACUGGCUCUUUUGAAGAGAGGCAUCGCUACUCCUCUACUGCACCUUGCAAGACCAUACACUUAUGGUACUCUCUCGACGUUCAAAGAUGCUCUGCGAAAGACGGGAGAGCAGAUCAGAUCCAACGAGCCCGCUGCUGGGUUGGCACCGAUCGUGAUAGGUCUUACUGGAGCGGGUAAUGUAUCGUCCGGGGCAAGACAGAUACUAGAGGAGCUUGGAGUCGAAUGGGUCAACGCAGAGGACCUGCCGAGGAUCAAGAGCAAAGGUAGGUCAGUCUAUGCUUGUCAAAUUACCCCCGAAUCUUACCUGGAGCACCGCGGCGGCAAAUCAUUCAACAAGAGUCACUACUACAGUUCACCAGAGGAGUACACCAGCACUUUUGCCGGAAAGAUUGCGCCGCAUCUCACUACAAUCAUCAACGGCGUCAGCUGGAGUAAGCAGUACCCUCGAGCCAUCUCCAGCUCCGACCUUGCUACCCUUUUGAGGAAGGCAAAGGGCCAGCAAAAGCUGGUGGCUGUGCAGGAUGUCUCUUGUGACCAAAAAGGAGGUCUGGAAUUUGUGGACCAGUUUACGACUAUCGAUAACCCCCACUACGAGGGUCCUGGUGGUAUCCUGAUCAGUUCCAUCGACAUCCUCCCCACCGAGUUGGCCACGGAUGCUUCCAACCACUUCUCCGCCGCCCUCUACCCCUACAUCCGUCAGCUCCUUCUCCCCACUCCCUCCGCUACUGGGGAACAAGAGACACUGGACCGUGCUACUAUUGUCCGCUCUGGCACUAUUCAGCCGAAACACCAAUGGCUAGCCGACAAAGUAGACGCCUGGAAAGCUUCUGGGAGUCCUUCAUUCUUUGAUGAGCGAAGUGAGGCCACGAUUGCGAGAAGAGGAGGAGUUCAGAAGAAGGUGUUGUUGUUGGGGAGUGGGCUUGUGGCUGGUCCAGCGGUGGAAGUCUUUGCCGCGCGGUCAGACGUACUGCUUGCUGUCGCCAGCAACAACAUUGCAGAGGCGGAAAGCCACAUCAAGGGCCGAACCAACGUCCAAGCUAUCUCGCUCGACAUUACUGAUGACGCCAAGUUGAGUGAAGCUGUUGCUGCUGCAGACGUUGUCGUCAGCUUGCUCCCCGCGCCCUUACACCCCCAGGUGGCCAAACACUGCAUCAGCCACUCUCGACAUCUAGUCACCGCCUCCUACAUCUCCCCCGACAUCAAAGCCCUCCAUUCCGCUGCCGUCGACGCAGACGUCUUGCUGCUGAACCAAUGCGGGCUCGACCCAGGGAUCGACUCGAUGGCAGCCAUGCGAAUCAUGGAGCGGGUCAAGAGAGAGGGGAAGAAGGUGAAGAGUUUUGUCUCUUGGUGCGGGGGCCUCCCGGAGAGGAGUGCAAGCAAGGGACCGCUGGGGUACAAGUUUAGCUGGAGCCCGAAUGCCGUCUUGACGGCGGCGCAGAACGAUGCAAUGUUCAAACUGGAUGGAAAGAAUGUUACGAUCCCAGGUGAUCGCCUACUUGAGCGUCAUUUCUCAGAUGUCAGGCUCUGGGAUGGGCUCCAGCUCGAGGGUCUUGCAAAUCGUGACUCCAUCCCGUACGCCGAAAAGUAUGGCUUGGGCCCCGUAGAGGGACUGACAGAUCUUUUCCGAGGAACUUUGAGAUACCCUGGCUUCUCCACUCUUCUGGAUGAUUUCCGUCGCCUCGGGCUCUUGAGCUCGGAUGUCUUGUCAUCGCCCCCUGCUUCUUGGUCUGAGCUGCUCCGCCAGUCUGCCGGCAGACAGCUCGGAGUCAACUGCUUGAAGGAUCAAGACCAGCACAGUGCUAUCACGGACCUCGUGGGAAAAGAGGAGGGCGAGAAGACUAUGAAAGCUUUAAAGUGGCUCGGUCUCCUCGGCGAUUCGUCUCUUCCCAUCCCCAAGCUCAGCACCCCCAUCGACCUCUUUGCUCACCUCCUCUCCCAUAAACUCGCAUAUCAACCCGGAGAGCGCGAUACAUGCCUUUUGCACCAUUCUUUCACUCUCCAUCCAUCUACUCCCGGAGGAAGGGAAGAGGUAGUGACGGCUUCUUUGAGGCACAUUGCUACGGCCAAUCAGUCGUCUAUGAGUAUUACCGUGGGGAAGACGUUGGCGUUUGCGGCGCUGAGGGUGGCUGAUGGACAAGUCGAUUCUCGGGGGGUGCAAGGACCUUAUGACAGGGACGUCUGGGAGGGAGUCUUGAGCUCGUUGGAAGAAGCUGGGGUGGUUGUAGAAGAGCAGUGGAAUUGA